UCACCUGGUUUGCAAACUACCUAAUAUACUAUCAUAUUUUUAAACGGAUUUCUACCUAUCCAAGAAAGAAUUGUGAGGAAAAACUCAUUUCUGCAGAUAAGUUUGGAAAGAAGGUGGUGGUCAAGAACUAUCUCUCAGCAGUAGCAUUCAACAACAUAACUCGGCUCGCAUUCGGAAAGCGCUUCGUGAACUCGGAGGGCAUCAUGGACGAGCAAGGGAUCGAGUUCAAGGCAAUAGUCUCAAAUGGGUUGAAACUCGGUGCAUCGCUCGCUAUGGCCGAACACAUUCAAUGGCUUCGGUGGAUGUUCCCACUGGAGGAGGAGGCGUUCGCGAAACAUGGGGCCCGCAGGGACCGACUCACCAAAGCUAUCAUGGAUGAACACACGGUCGCACGAGAAAAGAGCGGUGCGAAGCAACAUUUCGUCGAUGCGUUGUUGACACUCCAGGAGAAGUAUGAUCUUAGCGAAGACACAAUCAUUGGACUGCUUUGGGACAUGAUCACAGCAGGCAUGGACACUACUGCGGUAUCAGUUGAGUGGGCCAUAGCAGAGCUGAUCAAGAACCCAAGAGUACAAGAGAAAGCCCAAGAAGAGUUGGACCGAGUCAUCGGGUUCAAUCGAGUGAUGACUGAGUCAGACUUCCCAAACCUCCCCGACCUGCAAUGCGUGGCUAAGGAGGCUCUACGGUUGCACCCACCAACACCCCUCAUGCUCCCCCACAAGGCCACUGCCAACGUCAAGAUCGGCGGCUACGAUGUUCCCAAAGGCUCCAACGUACAUGUGAACGUGUGGGCCCUUGCACGUGACCCAGCCAUGUGGAAAGAUCCACUACAGUUCCGCCCUGAGCGAUUCCUUGAGGAGGACAUCGACAUGAAGGGUCACGAUUUUCGGCUACUACCGUUUGGAGCUGGCCGUCAGGUUUGCCCUGGGGCCCAGCUGGGGAUCAAUCUGGUCCAGUCGAUGCUGGGCCACCUCUUGCAUCAUUUUCAGUGGACCCCACCAGAAGGGGUGAAGGCUGAUGAGAUUGACAUGUCAGAGAACCCAGGGUUGGUUACAUUCAUGCAGACCCCACUGGAAGCGGUCCCAAUCCCACAGCUGCCUGCACAGCUCUACAAACGUGUGGCUGUGGUUAUGUGAUUUUGGUCUCUUUUUUCUUCUUUUUUUUAGUUCUGUUUUUUGGGUUUUCUACAGAUGCUUAAAGAUUGUAGUUUUAUCAAUUUAAAGGGUUUAAGGAGAGAGAAUGAAAAUAACUGGACUUUGAGAAGGUUUAAAGGAUAUGGAUUUGAAUGAUUUUCUAAGUGUGAGAAAUGAUUUGGUGCUUACUGUGCUC